AUGACUGCCCCGGAGCAGCCCGCUGGGAGACCAGAGUCACCAUCCCAGUCUCCCAGCGAGCCCGUGACCCAGGAGCCUUCCACCACCCAUGUUGAGCCCAAGGCAGCCGAUGCCGCUCCGCCUGCAGACGAUUCCAUAGCCAAGGAUGCACCGUCAGCCUCGCAUACACCCAAGGUGGCCGAGAAACAACUCUCACCGACCGAAUAUACGCCUUCCGACACCGCACACGUGGCCGAGCCUACAUCCGAAACGCCAGCCCCGACUACACCGCCUGCGCAGACAGGCUCGAAAAUGUCACAGCAGCUUGCCGCCGCCGCCGCUACCGUUACGAAGCAAAGAGAUGAUGUCACUGCCGACGCACGCGAGGACGGCGACAGCAUGUCUGCGUCAGCCAUCACCAUCAGGCCGGCCAAAAGCCACGAUGCCGAUGCUUCCUCCCAGUACCUUGCCCCAGAGCCUUCGAGCUAUGUCGACCCUACGCCGGCCACGCCCAUGACCUCCCAACCGACAUCGCGGUCGCCCUCCAAUGCCGCAAGGUCCCAUCGCUCCGCAUCUGCCUCGCCAAGCCAGCCAGGCGCUGACGGCGAAGACAAGAGGUAUUCCAGCGAGGAGGAGCAUGACGGCGGGUCCCGAUCUGAGAUUCAGAGCAUCAUGGAACAGUUCAGCGAGCAUGGAGGCGGGCCCGACGCCGACGAGGUCAUGAGCCCGAGACUCGAGAUUACCUCGCCCAUGUUUGGGGGUCCUGCGCAGCACCCACCGAGAAAGUCGAGCCUCGAGCCGCUUUCCACCAAAAUUACGACGCCCCAGAUACCGGACUCGGAUGCGCCGGGCGCUACCAUAUCGGCGUCGACCAAGGACCAAGAGGCUGUCGACGAGCAAGGCCCGCCAGUACCUCCAAAAGACGGAUCGUUUGGCACGCCGCCGAGGAAAAAGGAAGCCCGGGGUUCGACCAGCCUUACUUCGCCAACAUCCCCGCAGUUGUCCAUGCACCGCCCGCCCCCUCCCGAGCCCGAACCCGAACCAGCGCUGCCGUUUGACUUUUACAGGUUCCUCGAGCAGCUACGCAACAAAAGGGCCGAUCCCGUCGCACGCUAUCUCAAGUCCUUCUUGAACGAAUUCUCCAAACGCCAGUGGAUGGUCCACGAGCAGGUGAAAAUCAUUAGCGACUUUUUGGCCUUUAUCGCCAACAAGAUGAUGCUCUGCGAGGUCUGGCGCGACGUCUCGGACGCAGAGUUUGACAAUGCGCGCGAGGGCAUGGAGAAGCUCGUCAUGAACCGGCUGUACUCGCAAACCUUUUCGCCCGCCAUCCCGCCACCCAAGCCCGUGCCUGGCGCGCGGCCCAAGAAGCGCGGCGGCGAGGUGCCGCUCGGGUCGGGUCGGCGUGGCCAGCACCAAGAGGACGUGGAGCGGGACGACAUUGUCUCGCAAAAGAUUAAUAUUUACGGCUGGAUUAAGCCCGAGCACCUGGACAUCCCCGCCAUUGAAGAGAGUGGACGAAAGUUCCUAAAGUUGGCGCAGCAAGGCCUUCUGAAACAUAACAAAUCCGACUCAUCGGCAGACUCGUUCAUGCCUCUACUUAUAUAUGUCGUUCUACAAUCGAACCCCGAACAUUUAGUAUCUAAUGUACAAUACAUUUUGCGAUUCCGCAACCAAGAUCGCCUCGGUGGCGAGGCUGGUUACUACCUAUCAUCUUUGAUGGGCGCGGUACAGUUUGUUGAAAACAUGGACCGCACCUCACUCACCAUUAGCGACGAUGAAUUCGAACAGAGCGUUGAGGCUGCCGUCUCCGCCAUUGCCGAGCGCAACCAGGCGCUCUCUCCCACCAUCCGGCAGCAGGCCACCUUCUCCGUGAAGCCGGGCUGGAGCGACGGCGCUGUCGACGGCGCUGUCGGUGGCGCCAGCGCCUCCUCUCCGCCGUCAAGUACGAGGCCCAGCUACGACGGCGAGGCGGAGUCGAGCGAAGGCGCAGCCAUCUCCGGCCUACUACGCACCUUUCAGCGGCCGCUGACCACCAUUGGCCGGAUGUUCUCCGACGAGCCCGCCACGUCGGUCCCCUCGUCCUCCUCGCGCCCCCAUCAUCACCCGCCGCCGCGGUCCUCGCAAGACGGCGGCUCGCUGCCUCGACCCAGCACGGAGGAACCCCCCGUCCGCCCGUCCGUCCGUCCGCAGACCCAGAAGCAGCUGGCGCCGCCGGCGCACACCCUCUCGGCGGAGGAGGCCGCCGCGCGCCAGGCGAGCGCCGAGACGGCCGAGGCGCAGCGCCUACAGCGCGCCGAGCACGCCAACGUCGUUGAGACUCUAGCCGGGAUGUUCCCCGACCUGGAUAAGGACGUCAUCAGCGAUGUCGUGUACGAGAAGGAGGGAAGAGUCGGCUUGGCGGUUGACGCAUGUCUGGCCUUAUCCAGCUAG